AUGGCGUAUAGGGUCCGACUAGCACUAUCUGAUAACGAACUGGUAGAUAUCUUCAUGGGUACACUCCAAGGGUUGUAUUAUGAGAAGAUAAUUGGGAGUUCGUCCACAAACUUUGUUGAUAUGGUAACUAUUGGUGAGCGUGUGGAGAAUGGGCUGAAAUCAGGGAAGAUCAUAGAUACCACUGCUCCGCAGACAACAAACAAGAGGUCGCAUGGGGGCUUCACGAAGAAGAAAGAGGGGGAAGCAAAUGCUAUAACGGUAAGUGCCAGCCCCCAAUAUCAGUUUCCGAUGACCCAUAUGUCGUAUCAUCCAUAUCCGUAUGUUGUUGAUGCUCAGUAUCAACAACCGCCACGUCAGUAUCAACCGCAGAAAGGCAAUCAACAAUCAACACCCGCUCAGAGAAAUCAGAAUCAGCAAUACAAUCGUGACAACAAAGAACAAGGUCGAGGUCAGAACAACAGAAACAGUUUUGACAUCUUUACCUUCUCCGAGGAAAAACCCAAUGUGAAGACGAAUUCUUUGACGAAACACGGUGGUUCAGCAGUCAAUGUCGUAGUCGAGGAGGAAACUAUCGAGUCCAUACUAAGAGCCAAAGAUGUAAAGACUCCGAUGUCAGUUAUGUUACAAAGACUUGAGAAGUUUGGGUUUCUAGCAGGUGUACAUGAUGAUUGCGCAGUAUGUGAGUUCGAUCCAGACAAUUGCAACGAGUUGAUGGGUUGUGUACAAGAGUUGAUGGAUCAGGGUUUGAUAAAAAAAAAGAAGGUUGAAGCUCCUCCCAAGAGGAUUCAACCAAUUCAUUUUCGUGUUCCCAGUUUGUUUCCGUAUCAAAACACCAAGGCAGUGCAUUGGAAUUAUGAGACAACAGCAUAUUUGGGAGGAAAAGAAAUUUGUAUUCCUGACACUGAAAUCUUCAACAUAGCUGAAGUUGGAGGCAUGACUCGUAGUGGUCGUGUAUUCGCUCCAAAAUACCAUCUUAGGGUGUCUCCAGCACCCACAUUUAUCCCGCAUAAGAAGAAGGUCAUUCUUAUUCCGACUCCGCAGGCAGGGGCAACUGUACCUGCCAUUCCGAACAUGACAACUGCUCCAGUGCCGAUGAAGGUUAUCGACAAUAAAGCUGCAGAGUCAGAGGUGUCUAAAGGUAAAUGGCCGAUGGUAAAGAAUGAACAAGUUGAAGAUUACAAGAAGAGCAUCACUUUUGAGGAAAGCCAAGAAUUCCUCAAAUUGAUCAAGAAGAGUGAUUUCAAAAUCGUCGACCAGUUGAACCAGACUCCCUCCAAAAUAUCCAUUUUGUCUUUGUUAUUGAGUUCUGAGGCUCAUCGCAAAGCAUUGCUGAAAGUUCUGAAUGUCGCUCAUGUGAUGCAAGAUAUCACGGUCGAUCAGUUUGACGACGUGGUUGCUAAUAUCACUGCCAGUAGGUAUCUGGGAUUUAAUGAAGUAGAGUUACCUCCUGAGGGAAAUGCCCAUAAUAAAGCAUUACACAUUCCGGUCACGUGCACAGACUCUCUUCUAUCUCGAGUCCUCGUUGACACUGGUUCUUCGCUUAAUAUACUGCCAAAAUCUACAUUAAGUCAAUUGCAGUUUAAAAGGCCCGAGAUGAGUGUAGCGGUAAAUUCAUGA